CGCGGGAGGAGGGGUGGUGGUGCAGGAGGCGUGUCUUCACUUCCGGUUCCGGUCUCGCCUCCGGGAACGAGCUGGAGGAUGCAGGGCAAGCCAAGGGGGCGGGCCGGGGCUGCGUUCCAGCUAUUCCGUAUUGCAGCGCGCACCAUGGCUGGAGUGCCCACGGUCUCGCUCCCCGAACUCCGUUCGCUCCUAGCCUCCGGCCGGGCCCGGCUCUUCGACGUGCGCUCGCGGGAGGAGGCGGCCGCUGGAACCAUCCCGGGGGCGCUCAACAUCCCUGUGUCGGAGCUGGAGGGUGCCCUGCAGAUGGAGCCCGCUGCUUUCCGGGCGUUGUACUCCGCCGAGAAGCCAAAGCUGGAAGAUGAGAAUCUCGUUUUCUUCUGUCAGAUAGGCAAGCGGGGACUGCAGGCCACGCAGCUGGCCCAGAGCCUUGGCUACACCGGGGCUCGCAACUACCCUGGGGCCUACAGAGAAUGGUUGGAGAAGGAGGGUUAGGUCACAGGUGGCUUAGUGAUGGUCACUCUCCACCCCGUGGCCGCACAGCCAAGGGUGAUGAAGGGGUGACUUGAUGGGUUGACAACUCCUGAUGACCGAGCUGUGCACACAAAAAAAGCAUCCAAUAAAGAGCAUUUAAUCAAA